AUGCCAUCAAACCCACUGGUGAUUAUUUGCAGCUCAGGAUACGAUACUAUGAUAUCGGCCAGCAAAUCGAGACGCAAUUCCAUUGUACCAUGGCUGCUCAGCAUCAUCGUAUAUGGGUUGGUGGCUAUGGCAAAACAUCCUUAUGUCCUAUUCGAGAGAGAUUUAGAUUCUCGACAGCAGACCCUCAUCCUGAAGCUCAGCUGUCUUGCUCUCGUAUGUUCCCUGCCGGCGGCAGAGGUCGAUGAGAUCGUGCCUGGUUCAGGGGAAUCUCCGACGUAG